UGAUAAUUCAAAGUAAUAAAACAGUACCUUGUAAAAAUAUGCGCACAAAUUCAAAUUGCAUAUAAACAUUCGAUAUUUCGAUACUUGCCUAGUGAAAUUGGUUCGAUAUCCCUAGACAAAUGAUAUUUCGUUCUGUAUAGUUAUAAAUAAUUUCCGUAAAUUUAUUUAAAAAAUUCUUCGUAUCAAUGUCUAUCUACACGCAUUUAAUUUCACUUAUUUUUGCAAAUAUAUGAUAAAUAUUUAUACAUAGCCUAUAGUCAAAUCUUAAAAAACGUUUUGUUAUUUGUUUAGCAUACUUCAAGGGAGCAAAAGGCUUCCUAAUUAGCACAAUGUAUGCUAUUUGCGUAUAAUUUUCAUAAAUCUAUGUUAUUAAGUGCUUCGUAUCAACAAACAUUUUUGACAUUUAAUAAUCAUUUUGAAAGUUGCAAAUUUAAAGAUUUUUAAUUUAACUUUCGCAUCAUAGAGAAUAUAUGUACUCGAAAUCGUACCAUGCUUUUACAUAUUGUUUAACAUGAACAACUGUUUGAGGAAAUUUGAAGUUUGACGUGUUUUCCAACAGUUUACGAAGAAAUAUAAAGAAAUGAAGUGAUACUGAAGUUUCAAUUUUUUUUUUUAGGUGCAUUGGAACAUAAGUAGUGCUGCUCAUCUGUUCGAGUACAAGUAUCUCUAUGAUGUUUUCGUCAGGUCUUAGCUGCAAUUUGUCCUUCCCCAGUUGUCUGGGUUACCCACAGGACAGUGAAGAAUUGAUACCAAAAAUGGCUCGUGAGCCAAUAAUUCUUAAUGUCUAUGAUAUGUAUUGGAUAAAUGAAUAUACAACGCCAAUCGGAUUGGGUGUUUUUCAUUCGGGUGUUGAAAUUUAUGGAACAGAGUAUGCAUAUGGAGGCCAUUCUAAACCAAUUUCUGGAAUUUUUGAAAUUACACCAAGAGUUGCUGAAGAAUUGGGAGAACAGUUUAGAUAUAGACAGUCAGUACAUAUUGGAUACACAGACUUUACAGAAGAAGAUGUUACUAGAAUUGUUACUGAAUUAGGAAAAGAUUUUAGAGGCGAUCGUUACCACUUAAUGAAUAAAAAUUGUAAUCACUUUAGUAGUCAACUUACCCUUAUUUUAUGUGGUCAAGAAAUACCUGGCUGGGUAAAUCGUCUUGCAUAUUUUAGUUCUUGUGUACCAUUCCUUCAACGCUGCCUACCAAAAGAAUGGUUAACACCUGAAGCACUUCAGCAUUCUUUAAGUCAAGUCAGCCAUGAAAGUACACCUUCUGAAAGAGUUACACCUUUUAGAAAAUUUAUGCAACACACGAAGGAAGUUUAUCAUGACAGUAAAUUUAUCGCCAGGAUCAAGGAAUCCGAGAAACAAAACCGUCAAAACGAGGUACAAAUUUGAUAUUGUACUCUGAAUUCCGCUGGUGAUUAGUAAAUAGAGAAGGAAUGCCUUUCUUGCAACAUGUCGUCUCCUAAACUUUGGACGGCACUAUACAACGUCGCGUGUGUUCUUUGUUGUAUUAUAUGGUUGAGAUUUAAUAGAUAUACAAUUGAUAGGUAAUUAUGUAUAAAUCAAAACUGUAAAGAGA